AUGAUUUUGUUUAUUUGGAAAGAUGCCAUAAUUAUAAUUGCCUUCGGUAUGGCUCUCAAAGCAUCCAGGAGUAAUGAUUUACUUUUGCUUUUAAAUGGAAGAGAUCAGACUCUACUUGGUUCUAUUGGAGUGAUUGUCUGGUCUUCAGAAAACGACAAUGGCGACUGUCAAGUUAUUAUUGGCGAGGUAGCUGACGAGAGCCUAGAAUUUUCUGGUGAUGAAGACGCCGUUUUUAAACAACGUAAAAACUCCUCAGCUGCUGAGGAUAUUCCUGUUGCAAGACAUAUUUCACCAAAUGCCAGAAAUUUAUCAGGGGAAAAUCAAACUCAUCAUCAUCAUUCUCGAUUGACCUCUGGUUCCAUGCCCAAUGUGAUGGAUGUUUCCUUUAUGUUGGAUUCCAAUGGUAGGCCUCUCCUACCCUCCAUGGAUCUAUUCUCUGUGGGCUGUGUGCUUCUAGAACUUUUCACAGAUGGAACAGUGCCCUUCAAACUCUCCGACAUGCUCCACUACCGCCGUAAUCAAAAUGAAGAGAUCGGCAAAUUACUUGAAUCCGUCUCAGACGACGAUGCUCGAUCCCUUAUCAAGAAAUUGAUCUCGCUAAAACCGGAGGAACGCGGCUCUGCCGCACAACAUCUGGAUAAUUACCGAGGCAGUCUCUUUCCGAAUUUCUUCUUCACUCAUCUCCAACCCUUUUUCCAAUCAUUCCUCGAUCCUACAACUGCGAAUCCUGCUGUUAGGUUACGAUAUGUUCGACAAAAUUUGCCAAACUUCCUCUCUGACCUUCAGGCGGAACCCACAUCCGUCCGAGGGUCUGUUUCCCUUGUGCUCAAUACUCUUAUCACCUCCUCCCUGCACCAACUCAAAUUUCAUCGAACUGAGCCUGUGUGCAGUGCCUAUGCCGAUCGAUCUCUCACUAUUUUUUCAUCCACUGCACCAGUAAUCAGUAGCCCGAUCACCGCCGCUCCACCUUCUCCUCCCCUAGCUGAUCCUCAUGAAGACGGGCUCAUUUGUCUCCUCACUAUGGUCAAAAGUCUGCCCUCAUUGGCCCUCUUCAAUCGCCUUUGGCCCCAUCUCAUUGAUCUCAUAGGAAACAACAACCCCAGUCAUGAGUUCCGUUAUUUGGCUUUGGAUGCAUUGGUUCAGAGCUUGGAAGACGCAGUAUGCUUCAUAGAAAAUCUCCCCCCGGCUCAUCAUCAUGCUCAUUCUGGAAAUGGAGGUCACGAUGGGGAUAUAGACGCUGUGAUUGAUGAUAUAAGAUUCUUGAAUGAAUUCCUUCUACCCUCGCUCUCCUCCCUUGCGAAUGAUGACAAGGCAGAAAUGACUGUGGCUAUGGCGCAGUGUUUGCCAAGGUUAAUAGCUUCGUGUGAAAAAAUUCUCUGUCUGGUUUCAAAGCAAACCUAUUGGAAAAGCGUGGCUCAGGAGGAAGAAAAGAAGGAGGAGGAGGAGGUGGGGGAGGGGGAAGACACAGAGAAGAAAGUUGACCAGACUGAUGCUCAUCAUCUCCUUUUGUUGGCCGAUUCUCUACUUGAAACGGAUAAAGUUCGCGAUUGGCUCCAACACCAACUCGUGCCCCUCCUCUCAGACAACUGUCCGGACAAUUUUGCUCGUCGCACACUCUUCCACAAUCCCAAAGACUUGGCCAAGAUCACCACCUUCCUUGGGCAAAAACUCACCAUUGAUGUCAUCCUCGGUCAUUUGACUACCUUCCUCAAUGCCAAGGAUGUCAACGUGCGAGCUGCGUUCUUUGAUCAGGUGCCGACACUGGUGAACCUUUGUGGUGAGCAGUCGGUAUCCCUUCUGCAGCCACUUUUAGAGAGUGGUCUGGCGGAUGGAAAUGAGAUUAUCCUCUCCGCGUGUCUCCGAUCACUUGUCACACUCCAACAAGAUGGUCUUCUGGAGCCCCUUAUUGCCAUGGAAUUUAUUCCACGAGUCUUGAACCUUACCGCACAUCCCCUAGCUCAUAUUCGAGAGGCAAGUUCCUUGUACCUUUGUUGUAUCGCCUAUGUCACUGCACUUGCUCGACCAGCUCUAAAGGACCUGACCAAUCCCAAGCUCAGCCCACUUAAUGACCUCACAAUCGAAGCCCAAUUUACUGAGAACGAGGAACCGGACGUUUUCCUUGGGUUGAGUCUCUUCUCUCAGGGUAUGAUGGGUCUUGCCGAUCUUCAUGCCACUCUUGGCACCCCUGAGAUUAGGGAAACUUAUUUCAAUUCUUCAAUGUCAUUGCAUGGAGAUGGUGCAAAAUAUUGUGGAGGUGGUGGUGGUGGAGGAAGCUGGUCAAUUCUGAAUACCCAAAGGUGUUUAAAUAUCGAUAUCCGCCAGCCUACAAGCCAAUCUCGGAAGACCAUCAGAUCCAAGUCGCCCACUUCUAGCGAUACCUUGUCCACUUCAGUUGCCUAUCCCGAAGUGAUAGCCACUCGAAUCAGCGAGGGGGACUUCGCGUUGCCCUCCAAUCUACCUCCGCCCUAUGUCCUCUUUUCACGCUCCCUCAGUCUUCUUGACGACACGACCUCCCUGACACCGAAUGACUUUGGUCUCUCAAUCUUUAGUUGCGGUUCCAGUGGAGGAACCAACAGCCGGAUGCCCUUUACCGGCUACCUCCUGCGAGGGGAUGUCUCCAAGACACCCUCAUGGGUACCCAAUCCUCGUAGUAGUAGUGCUCCGCGGAGGUUGAGACAUCUGGUUCAUUUGCAGGAGCAUAAACCUGGACACUUGAGUCUAGCACUUCACCCCCUGGAGCAUCGGUUUGUCUCCUGCAGUAGUGGAGAUGGCCUUCUAAAGAUCUGGGAGCUUGGUCAUUCAAUACACGACAGACAGCAACACUUCGAAACCGAAGAUGAGAGUGUUCUAGUUUCUUCUGACGUUGAUCCCAUGCGUUCGUCAUGUGGUGGUGGUGGUGAUGACAAUACUCCUGAAGACAAUGCCUCCGCAACUGGCGCCUUCAUACCCUCACGGUCUCUCUCCACUUACGCCGUCCAACCUCCUCCUCCUCCUAGUAGCGAGGAAAAACCUACUUGCAAAUAUCUAGUAUGGACAGAUGGAGGAAGUUGUGUUGCAACUCUGGCCAAUCGAUCAUCCAUUAGCCUGAUUGAUAUGACAGUCUCUUGUCAACGCGCCUGUUUCCCUGUUAACAUAGACGAAAUCGGUUCGCCCAUCUAUCUGACUAAUCCAUCUGUGUCGUCCUAUAGCAAUAUCAGUGAUCCUUUGCAAGCUUACUCAUACAGUGGGACUGAUCGAAAUCUCGUCAUCUACUCUACAGCUGGAGGGCGAAUUGUUGGUCAAGAUGUCCGAUGCUAUGAGCCUGCUUGGAUUCUAAACCUAGGAUUCGAUUACGGAUUGAUAACUUGUCUCGCUGUGCAUAGUGGACAUACAUGGCUAACGGCAGGCACUCAUCAUGCCAAACUUAUAAACUGGGAUCUGCGUUAUAAAUGUCCUAUCUCAGAAUUCGAACUUCCCAAAGUGGGUAAUUUUCCUGUGUCCUUCACCAAGCUAAAAAUAUACGACGUUGAUGCCCGAUCAACUUUGAUCUGUGCAGCGACUAAUUAUCUUAACGAGGUCGUACUUUUCGAUCUGCAAGAAGCUCAACCAGGUCAAUCUUGCAAAAGACAAGUGACGGCUACACUCUCUUAUAAUAGUGGUGUGAACCGAGGUGUCAAGGGCCUCCUGGUUUUGCCACAUUCAACUCAAAUUAAGGAUAAAGAUGGUGUGAAACCUCUACCUAAUCUCGUAACUGGUGGAGAUGACUAUCGUCUGCGUUAUUGGAAUCUCAACGCUCCAGAAGAAUCUGCUGUUUUGGCAUGGGAAGGUGUGGAGUGUCGACCAAGACCUCGAGUCACUUUUGUUGAGAAGUUCAAAGACAACUUGAAAUUUGUCCGCGAGUACGAAGAAUAUCCUACCCCUAGGCGAACAACUCGUCAACAGUCCGGUCAACCCCAAAAGUCAACUUCUGUGCAGUCGACUAUACCCGAGAUGUCAUCCUAUGUGCGUUUGGAGAUGGGCGAGGUCACGUUGGGUCACACGAACAUAAUCAGCGAUUUGAUUAGCUUGACCAGUGAUGGAGACUCUAAUUUCCUCGUCUCAGCUGCUAUGAAUGGUGCUAUCAAAAUUUGGAAAUAG